AUGCUCAGUGUGAAUUUUCAGCGGGAUUCCGCUCUACAGGAGUCCUUCAAAUCUUUUUGUGAGGCGAACGCGCCGCUUCGCGCUCUUGUGGUCACGCUGGAUGAAGAAGUAAUGCGACUUCAUGGCAAGGUCCCUGCAUCUACUGCCAACAUGGAAGAUGACCUUGCCAAAGUCAGAGAUAUGAUUAAGGCGGAUAAACUGGAGGCCGCUUUUAUUAUCGUAAAGCUCAGUGAAGGAGAGUUUGCCCAGGUGUGCUUCUGUUCGGAUAGCGUAAAGCCAAAGGUUAAGAUGCUUUACGCAUCAGGCGCAGCUCAUUUGUUGGAUGCCUCCGGAUUAACGCAUCUCGUAAAGGAGCACGUGGAUGAUGUGGCGGACAUCACACCGUCGCUUUUCAAGAAGGAAACGUCUGCUAGCCGCAUGGAACUCAUGACGGAAAACGAGAAGUUCAACGCCGCUAUCGAAAAGAUGGAACCCGCACCAGUGCAGGUGGCAAUGCCAGGCGUAACCAUGCCACUCACCGAGGAAGGAGUGAAGCUACUGCAGGAACUGAACCGUGGUGCGCUGAAUGCACUCUCCUUUGUCGUUGACACCGAAAAAAUUACGGUGGAUAAAACACUUGAGGUCUCAGAGAAUUCGUCAUUGUCUUUGUCAGCAAUUCUCAAGGCGGUGAAAGGUCUCCUCCCGGAGGGUCAGGCCCGUUUUGUGGUGCUUCGUUGCCCAACAAACGGAACUACAAAAACGGUAAUGGUGUACGUCUCCCCGUCAACGUGCAAACCGCGUGUGCGAAUGACGUAUGCCGCCUCCAAGUUAUCCUUCAUCUCGCAGGCAGAACAACAUGGCGUGACGUUUUCGCGCCGGCUGGAGUUGGGCAACAGGAAUGAUUUGCAAGAAGCCGUGGAAGAUGCACUUAGUGCAGAGUUGGACAACAAGGACGAGGGCCAACCAAACCCGCCCAAUAUCGUGGCCUAA